CAGAUUGAACAGGUGAGCCAGCUAGCCGCGCUGGUCCAAGCCCAGGUGGAGUACCAUCGUCAGUGUGCUGAGAUCCUCACCCAGCUGCAGUCCAAGAUGGAGGACCGGAUAAGGGAUUCCUCCAACAAGCCCAAGAAAGAGUUCAUACCUAAGCCGCGUCAGUCCUUGGACCUCUCUAGUGAAAACCACAAUGGAGCCAUCCAAGGAUCCAGGUCCCCAGCAACAAGGUCUCCAGCAAGGUCUCCAGCAAGGUCUCCAGCUCCCCUAGACCAGCCAUCCUGCAGGGCGCUGUAUGACUUUGACCCCGAGAACGAGGGCGAGCUGGGAUUCAAGGAGGGGGACAUCAUCACUCUCACCAACAAGAUCGACGACAACUGGUACGAGGGCAUGAUCCACGGCAGCUCUGGAUUCUUCCCCGUCAACUACGUGGAUAUCCUGGUGCCCCUGCCCUAAAGUCUUUGCCACGGCAACGGCGAAUCAGCAACAGCAGUUUUCCCAGGCGACAAAUCUUAAUCCCUGCAUCCCCAGCUCCCGCCACCCCCAAACAUUCCCAGAAACCCUCCCUUUCACUCCGCUAAAAAGGAGAUCUAACUACAAUGAAGAUAUGACAACGAAAUCGGCUGUGGCGAGAUCAACAACAGCAUGGUGUCACGCCAACGAGUGCUAAUGAAACAGACUUUUGAAAAAAAAAUACGAAAAAUAAGCAAUGAUGCCGUUUUGAAUGCCAUCGUGGACAUUUACCAUCAAACCAAUAAAAUGCUAUGGUUGUUUUUUCUUGUUUCCAAAAAGAGUGUCUCGGUUUUGUCCUCAAGUUUUUUUUCCUUCAGGAGCUUCUACAGUUCCUCAAUCCUCGUCUUUCCUGGCUUCAUCUAGGUUUACAUUGGCUGUGUGUCUUUCAAAAUGGCCGUUACUAUCCUUCUCUGUACUUUGUGGAAACUUCUAGACUAGCAUAAUUUCAUCAUCGUCACAUAUUGUAGGCUACUAUUUCUGGGCGGUUAUCUGGUCCGUUAGAUCACGUUUAGGUCAUGUUUCACACUUUGUUAGACACUGUAGGUCAGGCAUGUUUUAGUGUUUUAUCUUAUCAGAUUUACUUCUUCUAAGUACGUUCAAGCUAAAUAUAUGUUUUUCCCGUUUGAAAAGGGUAGCCUUCUGUUUGCAUGCAUGGAUUGUUUCCUAGAGAGACCGUGUCCAUUUCAUGCUAAACAACAGAUGUAUGUUUAUGACGGAGGGGAUAUCGUUUGAUGUGUCUUUUCAUACAGACCUAAACUGAGAGUGGGGUAUGUAAGGAUUCAGUGUGAUUUAAUCAAGGCACCAUAGUUGGACCAAACUGGCCACCUAUGCAGGAGGGUAGGCCUACAGCAGGGCUGAGUGGUGUCAAUGGCAGAUCUACUCGCUUUUCUAACCGAGGGUGUAGUUCGUUUGCGAUCUACAUUGUUUUGUUGGCAUUCUAUAUCACACAAGUCCUCUGUGUGAUUUAGGUAUGCCUCAUGAUUACAUCUAGUGUAUUUGAGUCAAUGGUUAUAAAUUGGCGAUGAAUAUUUACGGAAACAAAAGACUAAAUUGUGUAGUUCAAUUGUUUUCUAAGUGGCGUAUAAGCAAAAACUGGAACCGUUUCCAUAAUAUGAAAUCAUGUUUAAAAAUUCUUCUCAGUGUGUAUUUUACCAAUGACGUGGAAAUAUUUGUGAAAAUGGUUGCUGUAUUGUGCUAUUUCAUAUAGGAGUUUACCGCUUAUCGGAUUUAGCCUUAUUUUCUUCAACUGUUGGCGAAGUUGUUUUCACUGUAUCAGAAUGUCCUUUAGUCAGAUAAACAAAUAACACUAUAUUGAAGACUAUAAGUCAUGGAAUCUGAUAGGACUAGCUUUAGCUGAUCAUGCUCACAGACAAAUACUGUAUUACGAGGCCAAUGGAAUACACAAGCAAUGCUGUCUCAAUCAGAAAAGGGAACAUUUUAUAAAAAGUGAACACGGUACCAUAUUUAAUUCAAGGAUACUAACAUCAAUAACCAGAUGCAAAUUCCCCUGCCCCUUUGUAUCUUACACUUUGUCUAAAUGUUGUCAGGCAAUCUAGGCAACUUCUCUCUGUCAGGAGUCUCGGUCUGAAAUAACCCAUUCAUACGGUAUGUGUUGCUCGUACUGGUCCAUACUGUAUUUCUGUUUACUGAAGGUUCUGGGGAUCCUUAGUCCCUGUCCCUUGUUGAUUGUCCUUCCCUUGUCAUAUCCCAGGAAUGAAUGGCCGCACAUGUAACAAUACACAAUAUAAGGUACCAAAGCAACAGACUGUUGCAUAUAACAAUAAUCAUCAUUUGGUGGGAACAAGUGUGUAUUAAUAUGCAUGUGUGAGUUGGAAAUGUGUUUUUUUGCAUAUCCCACUCUCCCUGAAACGCCCUGGGAGAGUGGGGUCACGGCCAGAGUCUACUAAAGCAAUUGGAUACUACUGUAUACUUCAAACUCUGGCCUCUGGAUCUAUCUAGGUUUUCUCCAGCAUUUUGAGGACUUCAUUCUCAGUGGUUUUCCCUUCUGCAAAUCCAAUGUGAAACUGUAUGUGUGUAACAGACAGGGCAAUAAGUGUUUCACCCAUUUAUCAUUGUUGUGUGACUGGGUGGGUGUGGUUUGGUUGGGCCGAGGUUGGUAUGUGUUUUGUGAAGGGAGAAGGGAUUGUAUGCGCCACAGGUGGUUUGGUCUACUGUGGUUUGUAUCUAUGAAGUGUACAUUUUCUAUUUUUUUCUGUCAGUAUUAUUUUUCCUUCAUUGAAAUCCUCCUGGAAGUCUAUUUGAUAAAGGACCGAUACAGUAUAGCGCAAUGAUACUAUUGAUGAAGCUGAACCGACCGAAAACCCAUCUAUAGUGUUCUUUUUUUUUUAAAGGGAAGCGCAACUUGAAACGGUCUCGUUUGUUGGCAGAAUAAGCAGAUUCAGAUUGGAACUGGCUGUGCGUUCAAGUUUUUUAAAAGGCUAUAUAUUUCCUUCAUUUUCUUUUCUCUAUAUUUUUUAAAACAAUUAUCGUGUGUAUCUUUGCCCUCAAUGAGGACUGUACAGCUUUUCAGUGAUUUUGUUUUCACCGUGUGUGUGUGUGUGUGUGUGUAGUAGCGCAUCUACGGUAUCGUAUUUUAUUUUUGUAACUGUGAUAAAGUAUAUGCAUAUAUAUACAGUAAUUAUAUAGAACUAUUGUGAUUCGAGGGAUUGUUUGUGCUGCACACAAUUGUCGUUUUUGGAUUCUUUGUUUGUUUUGGUUUCAUCCCUUGCACGGGAUUACAAGACAAUAUGCUUGAUGUUAAAAAUGACUAAAAUAUCUCAAUGUAAUUUAUUCAAAUAAACAACAAGGUUAGAGUU